UUUGAUCAUCACCUCCUCUCUCUCAUCCGGCCAACUCUCCUUCUCUCUCUACUUUCCUUUUUCUCUUUCUCCAUCUUUUCACAUUUCAACCAUAGAUUUGAGUCACUUGGAGUGAGAUUUAGGUCUUGAGCUAAGAGGGAAAGUCGAUCUACACAUCAAGGGCUUCAUUUUGGUAUCACUCUCGAAUAAAUUGGAGCAUUUUCAAAUUGGAGGGACAUAGAGUUUUGGCUUGAAAUUGAGGUAGGAGUUGUCUAACUAACAAAUUCUUGAAAUUGAGUGGGAUUGGAGUUUUGGAUGUUGACUGAUGGAUUAUGGCAAAGUGCCAUUAGCGAAGCGAACUCGUUUUCAGGAGAAUCUUUUCUUCAGACGUUACAACGAUGAAAAAAAGAAGGCUAAGUCUGCUGGUAGUGGUUUAUGUUUGAGUGAGAGUAGUGGGAAAAGAGAGAAAAAAUCGGAUGGGGAAGAUAGGGUUAGGGUUGAGGAUUUUGGGAAUUCUGGGUCCGUUGGUGAUUUUGAUUCCGAGUCUUUGGCUGUUUCUGGUGGUGGGAAGGGUGUGAUUGUUGAGAAAGUUGUAAAUUCUGGUGUGAAUUUAGGUGAAAGAGACGGUGAUGUUUCUGUCCAUACCCAGAGAGAGAGUGCUGGGUCAAAGGAGGGCAAGUCCAAAAUUGAUUUGCAAAGAAGUAAGAAUAGAGUUGAAUUUGAUGUUGAAUUAGAAAAAAAUGUGAAUUCGGAAAAGAUUGUGAAGGGAGUUAAGAAUGUAGUUGAAAUUAGUGUUGAAUCUAAGAAAAAAGGGAUAUUGGGCGAAAAGGCAAAGAAAAAUGUAGUUGCAAGUAGUGUUGAUUUGGCCCAAAAAAAGAGGGAAUUGAAGAGAUUGGAGGCUGAAUUAAAGAAGAAAAAGAAGGAAUUGAUGAUGAUGGAGAAAAAUAGGAACGUAGUUCAGGAAGUUGUUGUUGUUGACGAUGAUGUUGAUGAUGAUGAUGAUGGGAGUGAGGAUGAAAUUGUGUUGCUCGAUGAGGUUGUUCACUCAUGUUCUUCGAGUUUAAAAAUGGGAUCAAAUAAAGAUAAUUAUUGUGCUCAGAUAAAUGUUGGCGAGGCUGUUUCAUAUAGUGAAAUGAUGGUUGAGAAGAGUGAUGGGGUCAAUAUUAAUGAUGGGAAAAGCAGUACACCUAGUCAAACACCAUCAGAGGAUGGAAUUGAGGAGAAGAGUCUGGAUGAUGAUGAUGCAUGUGUUGAUUUGGAGGAUUCAGAGGAGGCAGAAUCAUCCAGUGAAGAGGAUAACGAUGAAUCUAGCGACGAGGAUUUUAUAGUGGAGAAUUCUUGUGUCUCUGUUAGUUCGGAUGAGACAAGUUCUUGUGAAGAAGAAGAAGAAGAAGAAGAAGAAGAAGAAUGUAGAGGUAUGGAGAGUGCAAGAGUUAAUGCAAAGGGGAAAGAAAAAAUGGUUCAGGAUGGAAAAAGGAGAAAAGUCAAUUCCUGUCAUGCAGUUAGUUUGGAGCAGUCGAAUUCCUAUAGCAUGAAUGAUGGGGGUGAAGAUGGAAAUGGCAGUAGCACUGUCAAGGCUGGAAGUGCUGAGGGGGAGGGAAAGGAGAGAAGGGAGGGUGGGUUAAAGAGAAAAAAAGAUUUGGGUUUGGAUGUUUUGGUUGAUUGCAGCAAAGAGAAGAACAAAGAAGACACCAAAGAGGACAAAGGCGUGGCAGGACGGCUUCGACAACGGCGACAUGUUCUUUCUGAAUCUCGAAAGGAGGAGAAAAAGCUGGGAACCAUUAGCCAUCCACUUUCUGUUGACGAGGAUGAGGAGCUGACUUCUUCCUCUGAGCAAGAUGAGGGUGAUGGUGAUUAUGUCAGAAAUCAUGAUGAUGACAAAUUCACCAAAAUUGAUGAUAACACUUGCUCACAUAAUGCCAGUAGUGCAAAGGCUGUGUGGAAAGGUUGUAAAAAAGGAAAAAGAGUUUUGAGGAAGUUGAGGAAGCCCGAAAUUGUCAAGAUUCUUGAAAAUUCAAUCUGGGAGAAUGGAGAUUCACAAUUGGAAGACUUAGUUUCUACCAGAGACAAUGAUUGCAGUGGAGAAAUAAAUCCACCAGCUGAGCUGCCAUUGAAGUUCCGAUUUGAAGAUGAAGAUCCACCUCCGCCAGAGAAGUCAGAAUUCGAGAAGGAAGUGGAUCGCCUUUUUGAAGAGCUUGAAUUUUGUCUCAGAUCAUCCGACAUUGGUGCCAAUUCUUCCAUGGUUGGUAAUAAUGACAACAUCUGCCUUGAGACUGAAAUUGAUCCAAUUACCCUUUGCCAUCAGGGAGAGCAUCAGCUAAUUAUUGAUGAACAAAUUGGUCUUAGAUGCGAAAUCUGCUCUUUUGUGAAACUGGAGAUUAAACAUAUUCUCCCAUCCUUUAGUAAGCGUCCUUGGGGAAAUCGAGACUCAAGACAGUUUGGCAGAUCAGACAGCGCUGUUUUUGAUGAGCUUCAGUCCCAAAUUUCUGGUUGUGAAAACCAGUCUGGUCUUAAUUGCUCUGUUCAUGAAAAAGGCACAGUAUGGGACAUUAUUCCUGGAAUUAAAAACAGUAUGUAUCCACAUCAGCAGGAAGGUUUUGAAUUUAUUUGGAAGAAUAUAGCUGGUGGAAUACACCUUGAGAAGUUGAAGAAGCCUGCUUUUGACGGUGGAAGUGGAUGCAUUAUAUCACAUGCUCCCGGGACUGGAAAAACGCGUUUGGCAAUAGUCUUUCUCCAAACAUACCUAAAACUAUUUCCAACAUGCAGACCAGUUAUUAUUGCUCCUUGCAGCAUGCUCCUUACAUGGGAAGAAGAGUUCCGAAAAUGGAAUGUUGACAUUCCCUUUCACAAUCUGAACAAUCCAGAGUACUCUGGCCAGGAAAAUGCGAUAGCUGUCAAUUUUCUGAAGCAAGUUGCAAAAAAUGAGCGAAGUCCAAAAACUAUCCGUAUGGUAAAGUUGUACUCCUGGAAAAAGGAUAGAAGCAUCCUGGCUAUCAGUUACAGAUUGUUCGAGAAACUUACGGGAGAUUGCGUUGAGGUUGAUAGAGGAGGUAAGGAGAAAAGAAAGGUUCAACCUGACGCAGGAGAUGAGGUAUUUAAAAAAAUCCUCCUCGAACUUCCGAGUCUUCUAGUGCUCGAUGAGGGGCACACUCCUCGCAAUAAGAAAAGUCUAAUCUGGAAAGCUUUGUCAAAAAUUGAAACUCAAAAGCGCAUCAUUCUUUCAGGAACACCUUUCCAGAAUAACUUUAGUGAGCUCUAUAAUACACUCUGUUUGGUCAGACCAAAGUUUGCUGACCGGAUCAUAACUAAAAGCAAUGGAGAUUUUAGAAAGAAGCGUGGGCGGAAAAGCAGUUUGGCGAGAGGGAAAUGGGUUUCUCUAACCAGCACCAUUGGCAAAGAUGCCGAUGAUAAACUAAAGGAACUCAGAGCUAUGAUUGACCCAUUUGUACAUGUACACAAAGGUUACAUACUUCAAGAAAGGCUACCUGGGUUGAGGGACUCCCUCGUUCUCUUAAAGCCAACGCAGUUGCAAAAGACCCUCUUGGAAGGCCUUCAAGGAAUAAAGAAUCCACUUGAACUGGGAUAUUUGGUGUCAUUGAUCUCUGUUCACCCUUCAUUGGUCCCGAAGAGUUACUUUUCAGAAACAAAAGAGUCCUCUGUGGAUAAGAAUGAAUUGGAAAGGCUUAAAUUCCAUUCUGAUGAUGGAGUCAAAAAAUUCCAUUCUGAUGAUGGAGUCAAAACAAAAUUCCUCAUCGAACUCAUCCGGCUAAGUGGAGCAUUCAAUGAGAAGGUUUUGGUUUUUAGUCAAUACAUUGAUCCGUUGGCCUUUAUAAUGAACCAACUUAAGUCUCAUUUUGAUUGGACGGAAGGAAAGGAGGUGUUGUAUAUGGAUGGACAACGUGAUGUAAAGCAGCGGCAAUCUUCAAUUAGUGUUUUUAAUGAUCCUAACAGUGAAGUAAGGGUACUACUUGCUUCUACCAGGGCUUGUUCUGAAGGGAUUAAUCUGGUAGGGGCUUCAAGAGUUGUUCUGCUUGACGUUGUCUGGAAUCCAUCAGUAGAAAGGCAAGCAAUAAGCCGGGCGUACAGGAUUGGUCAGAAGAAGGUUGUGCACAUUUACCAUCUCAUUACUUCCGGCACGAUGGAGGGAGAGAUAUAUGUACGACAGGCUGAGAAAGACCGGUUAUCUGAGUUGAUAUUUUCUUCUACGGACUGGAAAGCUCAUAAGCCACCAAUCCCUUCCACAGAUUCAGAAGAUAAAAUAUUGGAAGUGAUGGUUCAACAUGAUAAGCUAAAGGACAUUUUUGAAAAGAUACAUAACCAACCAAAAGAACUCCAUCUAAUUGAGACUUUUGGUUUGGUGGAUCUAGCAAACUCUUAGAUGGAUUUUUUUUUAAUUUUGAGGUGGUCGGCUGUAUAUUUGCAUUUUGUCAUGUGAUAUUUUUGGAGCUACAAAGCCAGUUUCCAGAAAGUCUGGGGUGAUGGGAUGUUCCUGACAAUCUUCAUUAUCAGUUCUUCUCAGGGUUGGUAAUUCAUGGCUAUGGCAGAAUGGUCUUAAAAAUGCAAUGUUGUGGACGCCUUUUUGUGAAUGAGUUUUUCAGCCGUAAUACUCAUGAGAGUGAACUGCAUGCCGCAUUCAAAAUGAAAAACUCAACUGAAAGUAAAUUCAAAAUAAUUGUUGGGAGUAAAGAGAUAGAUGUACUUGUUACAUUAUUUAAGGCGACUUAUCCACAUUUUCCAUGUUGGGUAAAUGAUACAUCAUGGUGGGAUAUAUCUUUGACUGGCUGAAGGAUGGAAAUGAAAAGGUCAUCCAACUGUGGAAGAAUACUCAGGAAUUACAGUUACUUUGUUGCCGGAACAAUUUGACAUCUACUUGGGAACAGGGGAUGGCCAUGCUUUUGUGUUAUGUCAGUAUUGUUUGGCUUCCUCACCGUCUGGAUUACUCACUGAAGACGCAUUGGCAUUUCGAGGCAAAAUAUGUUUGUUUCGCUUUGAGAUUGCAGGGUUUCAUGUCAGGUAAGAUGCAUUUUUGUUCUCAUACAGUUUUUGUGAUGCUCACAUUUCGACAAUUGUACAGUUGAAGGCCGCUCUGUUUUUUCUUGGUUUGUAAGUUAUAAAAACAAGUGAUGACUGAUAACUUUUUGGUGCAAGAAGGUAAUGAUGGCAACUGGUGAGGAAUUUGUUGAUCAAUUAACUGUUACCUUUGUUAUCAGAAUUUAUUUCUUCUUUUCAUUUAUAUUUCACAUGAAUGUAAGGAGUGAAGUGGACUAUUAUGAAGUCCCAAAUAUGAACAAAAAUUCCCUUAA